UGUCGCUCUGUCGGAACAUCCCCCCGUUACGUAUUUUCUCGCGAUAAACUGCGAAGUUUCCGGUGUUGUGUAUGUUCCUGGAAACAUGGCGGCCAGCUUCCGCGGCCGUCCUAUCCGGAGUCUUCGGAUGCGAGGUCGGAAUGACAGCGGAGAGGAGAACGUACCGCUGGAUCUGACCAGAGAACCAUCAGAAAACCUCCGGGAAAUACUUCAAAAUGUGGCCAAACCUCAUGGUGUUAGUAACAUGCGAAAACUGGGCCACCUAAACAACUUCAUUAAGCUGCUAUGCAGCAUUGGCCACCGUGAAGAAUGCUUUGGGUUUACACAUGAAGAAAUCAUAAUUUGUUUGCGACUAGCUCUUUUGAAUGAGGCUAAGGAAGUGCGUGCUGCAGGGUUGCGGGCACUCCGCUACCUCAUUAGAGACACAAGCGUGCUGCAGAAGGUCCUGGGCCUACAGGUGGACUAUUUGAUAGCCAGAUGCAUUGACAUCCAGCAGAGCAACGAGGGGGAGAGGACUCAGGCUCUGAGGCUUGUCAGAAAGAUUAUCACUGUCAACGCGAUGCUGUUUCCCACUUCUAUUGCAAACUCUCUAAUUGCUGUGGGGACUGAUGGAUUACAGGAGAGAGACCGCAUGGUCCGUGCUGCGAUAGCCAUUGUUUGUGAGCUGGCCCUGAAAAACCCAGAGGUUGUGGCCAAACGAGGAGGUCUUAGCACCAUCCUGAAGAGCGUGAUUGACUGUCAGUUGAGUCGCAUCAAUGAAGCACUGAUCACCACCGUGCUCCAUCUACUCAACCACCCACGUACCCGUCACUACGUUCGUGUGGAUGUCGAACUGGAGCAAAUCCUCGCGCCUUUCACAGAUUUUCACUACCGACACAAUGCAGACACAGCUGAAGGGCAACUAAAGGAGGACAAAGAGGCCCGUUUCUUGUCCAGUAGAAUGGCCAUAGUGGCAGCAUUCCGCUCCUGGUCUGGAAUUAUCCACCUAUGCAAGGCAGGAAAUUCUGGAAUCCAGUCUUUAAUUGGCUUACUUAGCAUACCAAACAUAGAGGUUAGGAAAGGCUUGUUGGAGGUGUUAUAUGAAAUAUUCAGGCUCCCUGUGCCCAUUGUAACGCAAGACUUCACAGAAGCUCUUCUAAGUGUUGACCCUGCCAGGUUCCAGGACACUUGGAGACUGUCUGAUGGUUUUGUUGCUGCUGAGGCCAAAGUUAUCCUCCCCCAUAGGGCCCGGUCCAGGCCUGAUCUGAUGGACAAUUACCUGGCAUUUGUCCUUUCUGCCUUUAUUACCAGUGGGCUACUAGAAGGAAUUGUUGAAGUUGUGACCAGUAGCGAUGAUCAGCUCGCUGUCCGAGCCACGAUCCUGUUGGGAGAACUUCUACACAUGGCAAACACCAUCCUUCCUCAUUCUCAUAGUCACCAUCUGCACUGUCUUCCCACUCUUAUCAACAUGGCAGCUUCCUUUGACAUCCCCCAGGAGAAACGACUUCGGGCAAGUGCAGCAGUAAACAAUCUGAAGCGCUUUCAUGAGAAGAAGAAGAAAGGGUUGAAACCGCACAGUCUUUACUUAGACCACAUCAUCCGCAAGUCAGUGUCGUCACAUAACCGCAGAGAGUCACAUUCACGUUCCCACAAGGACAUUUAUGUCAUUAAGGACACAGAAGAAGCACUGAUGAUGAAUCUGCGAGACAGUCACAUUCUUAACCACAAGCAGAACCUGGAGUGGAACUGGUUGCUUAUUGCCACCAUCCUAAAGUGGCCACAUGUAAACCUCAGGAACAACAAAGAUGAACAGAUGCACAAGUUUGUGCGGAGGCUGCUGUACUUUUAUAAGCCUAGUAGUAAAUUGUACGCAGGGCUUGCAUUGGAUCAUGUUAAAGCCAGGCAACUCACUGUGGUUGGGUGCCAAUUUGUUGAGUUCCUCAUGGACUCGGAUGAGGACGGUCAGGGUUACCUUGAGGAGCUGGUGAAGGACAUGGUGUCAUGGCUCGCCUCAUCCUCAGGGCUGAAGCCUGAGCGCUGUCUGCAGAGCAAUGGCCUGCUUACCACACUCAGCCAACACUAUUUCCUUUUUCUGGGGACACUGUCAGCCAACCCACAGGGAGUAAAACUGCUGGAGAAAUGUGGCCUGUUUCAGUGCCUGCUGAAUCUGUGCUCUGUGAAGAACCAGGAUGCUGUGCUGAAACUUGCUGUAUCCACACUGGAUUACAGCAGAGACGGUCUGGCCAGAGUCAUCCUCUCCAAGAUCCUCACUGCUGCUACUGAUACAUGCAGGCUGUAUGCCACCAAACACCUCCGUGUGCUGCUGCGCGCAGGCGUGGAGUUCUUCAGUAGCUGGGGCAUGGAGCUUCUGGUCACACAGCUUCACGACCACUGUAAAGCUGUGUCCAUGGAGGCGCUGGACAUACUGGACGAGGCCUGCGAGGACAAGGCCAACCUUCACGCUCUAAUUCAGCUAAAACCCGCCCUGUCCCACCUGGGAGACAAAGGACUUUUGCUGCUCCUCAGGUUCCUGUCUAUUCCUAAAGGUUUCUCCUACCUCAACGAGAGGGGUUAUGUCAGCAAACAGCUGGAUAAGUGGCAGAAGGAGUACAAUCUUAAGUAUGUAGACCUAAUAGAGGAGCAACUUAAUGAAGCACUAACAACCUACCGCAAACCUGUUGAUGGAGACAACUAUGUCAGACGCAGCAACCAAAGGUUACAAAGACCAAAUGUCUAUCUCCCUGUGCACUUGUAUGGGCAGCUGGUCCACGAUAAGACCGGUUGCCAUUUGUUGGAGGCUCAGAGUGUGGUUCCUGACCUCAGCUACGCCGUUCGCUCCCUGAUGCUGGACACCUGGGAGGGCAUUAAAAAGUUGAAGGCUGCUCUCUGGGCGCUGGGCAACAUUGGUUCGUCAAACUGGGGUCUGAAUCUCCUGCAGGAGGAGAAUGUCAUUCCAGACAUCCUUGCGUUGGCUCAGCACUGUGAGGUGCUGUCAGUACGAGGGACAUGUGUGUAUGUGCUUGGCGUGAUCUCCAAGACCAGGCAGGGCUGUGAGGUACUGAAGCAGUUCGGUUGGGACGCAGUCAGACACAGUCGCAGGACGCUGUGGCCUGUCACUCCGGACGAGGUCGACACACAGUUAACGUCUGAGCUCUCCUCUGUGCCGAGCACACUCAGCCUAAACUCUGAAUCUACCAGUUCACGUCACAACAGCGAGAGCGAGUCCCAACCAAACAUGUACAUCCUGGAUGAUGACAAGUGCGAUGUUGUGGAACAGUCAGACGAGCCCUCUUUUUAUCUACACACCAAACAAGUCAAGGAUCGCAGCCCGUUCACAAUAUUGGCCUCCACGCGUAUGGUUCGCAACCGCCUCCUCAACUCUCUCUCCCUGCCCAGCAAGAAGCUGCGCUCCACUAGUGAUCCCAAGACCCCGUCGGGAUCCUGCACUCCCACUGAACUCAAGAGGCGAAACAGGACAGUGACAGAGCCCUCUAUUUACAGCCCAAAUCAAGGGGACGUCUUCACCUCGGUGUUCAAUGGCAGAGGAAUGCCGAGGAGUCCCACCGUCAGCCUGGAGACUUCCUUUGUUGGGACCAGGGGCGGCUCUGAGGAGCAGCUUGUGGAUGGAAGGCUGGUUAGAGGUGGGGGCUCAGGCUUUGGACUCAGUGGCCUAGUAGGGCACGGGACUGUGGAGCACCCUAUUAGGGAGAGGGAGCAGACCAGCAGAGAGCCCCUGGCAGGAGGCGAUGGUGGCUCUUCUUCUAGUGGAGGCAAUGUGGGAGGAGGUGGAGGAGGCGGCGGAGGUACUCAAUUCAAAAGCCGCAGUCAGAGCUUUAACACGGACACCACAACCAGCGGCAUCAGCUCUAUGAGCUCCAGCCCUUCCAGAGAAACUGUAGGGAACCCAGAGCAUCCUGAUCCUGAGCCAGACUCUUCUGACUGUGUUAGCCUGAACACCGUGGUUUCUGCCAAGACUGUGAAAACACUCUCCUCCCUCACUCCCCAGUCGCACAUCAACCACAUGUCCACAUCGAAGUCCUCCACCGUCUCUUUGGUACCGCCCGGCUCCUCACACACUCUUCCACGCCGGGCUCAGUCUCUAAAGUCCCCUUCAGUAACCACCAUCAAGAGUCUGGCUGACUGCAGCUUCAUGUACACCAGCCCCAGGGAUGCUCUGGGCUACGCUACUCUGAAAAGGCUGCAGCAGCAGAGGAUACAUCCAUCUUUGUCUCACAGUGAAGCGCUGGCUUCCCCGGCCAAAGAUGUGCUGUUCACUGACACCAUCACCAUGAAGACUGGCAGCCUGGACUCCAGGUUAACUCCCCGCAGGAUUUCUGACAGAAGGCGUACCUGUCCAGAGCCCAGCGUCUUAAGUUCGUAUCGCAGACUGUCCAGAACUUUUGUACCACGUCUCUCCCCCCGGAUCCUCUCACGCACCUCUCCUCUUGCCCUCCCUAGGUUUUUGAAAGCUCUAAGCUUUGCCUCUCUGGAUAAAGAGGAGCUUCUCAGUCCCAUCAACCAAAGCACCCUGCACCGCUGCUCCUCAGUGCGCUCUAUGGUCUCUAGUGCCACCUUCGGGUGCAAUGAGGACUACAUUGGCCUAGCACUACCCAUGGACAUCAAUGAUAUGUUCCACAUUGGAGACUCAUCCUACUUCCAGCAGAGAAUCAGCCCGCCAUCUGAGGAGCGGAAACGCUUUCUUUUUGGCGAUGGAGAUGGUGACCGCCCUCCUAUUCCCCUGCUAAAGCAGCAGUUCAGUAUUACGGAGUUGGUUGCGAGCCGGGGUGACCCCCAGAACCACUUGGUUGGUUUGGAGGAGACAGGACUGCAGGAGCACACAGAAGAAAACUGCCUGUACUGUGUAGGCGCCAUCGUUCUUGGAUACCCCACACAGCCCCAGAUCAACAGCACACACCCUCGGACAGACUAUCUCGACUUUCAAGCGUGGGGAGGUCAGAGUGGCCAUCGCCUGGAGGUGAUGCCUCAGUCUAAGUUCUCUGGAGUGUCAGGCUGCAGUGACGCUGCGGUUUCACAAGGCUCGAUGUGUAGCACCCCCACACCAGGUGACAUUGUCAUCGGUGGAAAGUCCAUAUCAGAAGAUGGCCCUGCCUCUCGAGUUUUGCUGAGGAAAGAGGUGCUGCGCCUCAUCAUCAACCUCAGCUCUUCUGUAGGAACCAAAGGCCAUGAAACAGGACUGCUGACGAUAAAGGAGAAGUUUCCGUACGCAUUUGACGACAUCUGCCUGUACUCUGAGGUCUCCCACCUCCUGGCUCACUGCAUGUUUCGCCUGACCUCUCGACGAUUUAUACAGGAACUUUUCCAGGAUGUGCAAUUCAUGCCAAUGUAUGAGGAAGCCGAGGCAAUCCUGACGAAGCUACCAAAACCUGUUGAAGAGGAUGUCGAUCCUCCGGCAGAAUCCUGAUCAUCAUCCCUUCUUUUGUGUUCCCUGCACAGCCCAGGUCCUGCCACUUUAUAAACAUGGAAAGAACACGUGACUGCGAGGAUACUACAUGUUAUUAUUAAUAUUAUUGCUAAAUGGGGAGAAGAAAGGAGGCACGUUUCCUGUUGCUCCAAACAGAGCAGCAUAGCCAAGGAUGAUGAGUGGAUGGUCAUCAUCAUCACCUUCCUCCUGGCAGACAGGAGCUGGAAACAAAAGACAUCAGUAUCGCUAAACAAAUCUAACCCGACACACCUAUCGAUGCUGUCAGAAUUUUUUUUUUUUAAGGAAAAAGGGGGAGCAGUUUAACCAAAUACAGAUAAGUUGUCUAUCUUGAGCAAAACUCAACGAUACAUCAAUGCUUAAGGACGAGUUGGAUAAUUAAGACAAAGACUCCUGUCUGUGUUUGAAUAAAAGAAGAAGAAAAAGCCCCGUCAACAGUUUUAUCUCAUUCCGGAGGUGUUUUUCUUGUAAUGAAACAAAUAAGGCAUGUUGUUGUGUCUACCCAGUGAUUCCUCAGACCCUGCAUUCUUUUCUCCGUAUGGAACGUAACACUACAGAGGUCCUGUUGUUUUCAAAACGUACCUGGAGUCUCCUGGUUCUUAUCCCAGCCCGACCUGUGACCUGUAAUAACAAGAUAUGUGCUCUUGCUUCUCUUGCCUCACCUUUUCCUACAACCUGUAGCCUCUUGUCACCACAGACAGCCAAUUACUUUUCUAUUUCUUGUAUCUCAGACAAUCAAACAUCACUAGUAUUAUAUUCUCUAAAGCACUAUAUAUGCCACAAAUACAGAGUACAUGAGGAGAAUAGCAUGUAAUUUAAUAGUAGUAUAUGCCAUCCUCUACUUGCUUAGGACCUUUAAUAUUUUUCUUCAGCCAUUGCAUUAUAAGUUUCUCAGGAGAAGGUUUGGUCUUUGAAACGAUGCUCAGUUGUAAAAGCUUCCAGGGUUAUUACAGAUUUAGUUUUAGACUCUGCUCGUAGUGACAUUUUAAAAACGCAGCGUUAAGCCAAGCAGCUACCCGACUCUAUGCCUUCAUUCCUCUGUGUUUCACCUCCACUGCAUGUGCAACAAGCAUGGCAAUUUUGUAACGUCACUUUAGUGUGUUUCUUGCUUGUAAAACUUAAAAAAAAAUCAUAGGUUGCCAUUACAUACUGCCAUAACGUUGUAGGAAUAAUAUUACCCCUGAAUCUGUUUCCACAAUGCAAUAUCACUGUUUGUCAUUGGCUGAGAUGGAGGAGGGAGGAGAGGAAGUUAUGAUGACUAAAGGAUUUGUAAAAGGUUUCUAGGGAAACGGGGAUCUCCGUUUCCAUUGGCUUGUUUUUGCUAUAAUGCUGCUACACAAAUGGACUCGUAGAGAGAUGAUUCAUAGAUCAGCUGAGUGAUGUCAGAUCCGAUCUAUUUAUUAUAUGUCUGUACCAUAGAGUGCGCUCAACCAGAGAAGAAAAAAAGUUAUUUAUAUUUUUUCCUCAAGACUGUAUUAUAAUUUAAUUUUUUUUGCCUGAAUCGUGGUUUCCCCUGUAUAAUGUGUACAGUAUGUUUUUGGGGGCAUUGAUGACCUGAAGAAACAUACAAUCCUAUCAAAGGGAUGCAUUGUUAAUAAAAUGAAAGUUGAAAUACACAA